CUCUUGAAAAAAAUAUGCACUUUUGAAUGUUAAAAUGUUUUACCAUGUAAGUUGUGUAAAUAAAUUGAAUCACAAAUACGAUAACCUUAUUUGUUUGUUGUUUACAUUGAAAAUAUAACUUACAGUUAUCCCUGGAACACGAGAUUCUAUUGCAUCCUAGGUAUUUCGGGCCCCAAUUGUUAGAUACAGUAAAACAAAAACUUUAUACAGAAGUAGAAGGAACAUGCACAGGAAAAUAUGGUUUUGUUAUUGCUGUGACCACCAUCGAUAGCAUAGGCGCAGGGCUAAUACAGCCCGGGCAAGGGUUUGUGGUGUAUCCUGUCAAAUAUAAAGCUAUUGUGUUCAGACCUUUCAAAGGUGAAGUACUAGAUGCAAUUGUCACUCAAGUGAAUAAGGUUGGAAUGUUUGCCCAGAUUGGUCCACUCAGCUGUUUUAUUUCUCAUCAUUCUAUUCCAGCGGAUAUGGAGUUUUGUCCUAAUGUGAAUCCACCUUGUUACAAGAGUAAGCAAGAAGAUAACGUUAUCCAAGAAGAAGAUGUCAUCCGGUUAAAAAUUGUAGGCACAAGAGUGGACGCUAGUGGCAUCUUCGCCAUUGGAACACUCAUGGAUGAUUAUCUUGGACUUGUGACGCAGUAAUAAUUAAAUAAAGAAACCUAUUUUAUAAGAUUUUGAUGUUAAGAUAAAUAAAUAAUUGAAUUCUUUAUUAUCAUUUAUUUGGCAUUCUAAUAAUGGGGUAAAGUUCCAUACAUAAAUGUAACAAAAAAACAAUUGAUCAAAAAUAAUAAAAUAUUUGGACAUUUUCAGUCUAUUUGGGCAGUAUGUGGUGGUAUUAGAUUAGAACGUUUAGAUUCUCAUUUGCAUUAACUUUCUACACACCCUUAAUUAUUAUACACAAAAAUGGAUAGUGUAAUUACUUAAUCAAAUUACACAAUAAUGAUAUACUUACAAUUAUUUGAAAUGGUGUUGCGAAAAAUGAAUUUACUGAAUGCCAAAUGUUGAAUAAUAGUCCAUAAAUUUAGCUCUAAUGAUAAAGAGUAUUUCACGUCAUGAGUAUGUAUAUUUCAAUCUUAUUAUUAUUGUUAUAAUUAUUAUGUACACAAUAUAAUUCAAUUGUAAAAGAAAAUAAAAUUAAAGUAAAAAUAUCCAAAGGGAAAGUUUAAAAGUCUUUGGUUCACCAAUUAUAUACAGUCAUCUAAUUAAAUAUAUAAAUAAGUUCUAACCAAAUGUUGCUUAUAUAACACAAAAUUAUGGCAUCUAAAUAAAUAAUACUCAAUAUGAGAUCAGAAACUCAAAGAUAAGCAAAAUGUGAUCGUGUCAGCACCAAAUAAGUCUAAAUAAUAAUUUUAACUAUGGCCACCUCCUUGCUUAUAUUAUCCAAAUUUAAACAUAUUUAAAGAUUACCUAACGGAGGUAGCAGAACCUUCAAGCUUCAAAACAUGUAGGCAAUAUUUUUUUUAUGCCUAUGUUAUCAAAUAUAUUUUUAUAAUAAAAUAUGGAGACAUAACAUUGUGCAAUAUAAUGUACUAUGCAUGAUAGAGGAUAUAUAGUUUAUUUAAAACGAUGAGUAAUUAUUUUUGCAGUUAUAAUAAAUUUGCACGAAUCGCUCACUGAUAAUAAUUAACAGUUACGCUUGUAAUAAUAUCUACUGGCUCUAAUAAAAAACUAACUCACAUCAGCAAUAGAUAAUUCUCUAUUCAAAUAUGAAUUAGUCUUUUAUGACAUAUCCAGCAACAUUAUUUCAGCUUACAAGGCACAAAAUAAUAUUUUAGGUAUUUUAUUGAGGGUGAGAUAUUUCUAGCAACAUAUUGGAAACUAAAGGACUCUACAGUUCUAUUUGGAAGGUUGCUUAUUAUAUCACGUUGCAUAUUAUGUAUAGGGAAAUAGACUUAGUGGUAUGGUCUUAAAUUAAUUAAUUUAUAUCGACAUUUUAAUGAAAAAAAAUAAUCAAAUAGCUAACCUACUCCACUCGUAACAUUAAUGUUGUAGUAAAUCUAAUUAUUGUGCUAAUGGGUUAUAUGAAUUCUAUGGAAUCGGCCAAGCAGAAAAUGUGAGUUUAUAUUUAAUCACAAAAAUGUCGAUAUAAAACAGAUCUUAUACGUUAACCACAGACUAGGGGAGGAUAAGAUUGUUUAUAAGAUAUCAUUAUCUAUUUAACCUGAAACAUCUUAAUAUUUAACUUUCAGUGAGACUAACCGACAACAUGUAACAUUAAUUUUUAACAGCAAUAAUACUGACAAUAACUUUGAAGUGUGAUGAGCGGUAUGUAUAUUUUUAUUAUCUUAAAUAUUUUAUUUAAAACUGCUGUAAUGUUCACUAUUGACUAUAUAUGGUUUACUUUUGCUUCCCCGUCUUCUGGCAACUGAAAAUCGUCCAUCCUUGCACUCGGAACCGAACGCACUUAUAUCUGACCCAUUGUAGUGUUCUGAUUUAAAGCUUUAAAUAAAUAAAUAAAAUUAUGAUUUGAAAAGAAACGUUUUGAUCGUUACCAUAUCCUUUGGCGAAAACGCAACGGAUUUCUUUUCCACAAAUAACAUAUUACAUAUGUUGGGCACGACUACACCAUUCUCUUUGGGCGCGAGCGAACUUUUUAAAUAAUUAUCUAUAACUUUCACUUUCAUAAAUUAUCUAACGGCUAAGCACCGAUGUUAUAAAUUAUUUAGGAUCCAUAGUUUGUUCACACUCACCUAAUUAAGGUAUAUAAAUUUCUAAACAGUCUUCUGUGAUCAUGUACUGGUAUAAAUAUACCUUUUUUAUAAAUAUCCAACAAAAGUUUAAUAUUUAUAACUAAACUAAAUAUUUCAUGAUCGUUUUGAUUAUGUCAGAUUUCAUUUAAUAAUACUAACAAGAAAAUAAAGUGAUUCUUUAUUCACAUGAGAGUUUAGAAAUUUAUAUUUGUUAUCAAUCGCUCGCGUCCAAUCUCUCUAAUGU